AAAUGUGUUGUUGUUCAGAUGUUGAUCCGUCAGCGUCUCUCACAGUGAGUCCUGACACAGUUCAACACUUCACCCGUGACUCUGUGUCACUGAGCUGUGAGGGAAACUCUACUGAGUGGAGAGUCAGGAGGUUUCCUGAAGGAGGCUUCCUGUCAUCCUGCUCCAACUGGACAACAUCUGGAUCCAGAUGUGACAUCAUCACAUCACAGUCUGGUUCUGCAGUGUUCUGGUGUGAGUCUGGAUCAGGACACUUCAGUAACUCAGUCAACAUCACUGUUCAUGAUGCAGGUUUGAUCCUGAUGAGUCCUGUCCGUCCUGUGACUGAGGGACUCUCUGUGAGUCUGAGCUGUAAGUUGAAGACAGGACAAAAACCUUCCAGUGUGUUUUUCUAUCACAAUGAGCAACUGAUCCAAAACGACAGCAGAGUAGAGCUGAACAUCUCUGCAGUGUCAAAGUCACAUGAAGGUUUCUACAAGUGUUGGUACCAAGGAACAGAGUCUCCACAGAGCUGGAUGGCAGUGAACGGUUUCAGUCCUGAAGCUCCAUCAUUUUCUGCCUCCUUUACUGUUGGACUGGUUGUUAGACUUUCAGUGAUUGUUUUCCUGCAGCUGCUGCUGUUGUGUGUUUGGAGAAAGAUGAAAGCACACAGAAGUGUGAGCACUGAUAGAAGCUCUGCUACACAGCAAACAGUCAACCAGCUUGAACCUCAGCUUUACUCCUCUCUGCUCCACGAUGAUGUUUGUGUCUAUGAAUCAGUCGGAGGCUCUGGAAACAAUGAUGGUGGGACACAUGAUGAUACAGAGGAAGAUCAUGAUUACAACAACGUGGAUCCAAAUGCAGCCACAGGUACAAAUAUGAUCUUCACAGUAGUUUAGCAUUACUGUUUAUACUCAGUGUGUUUAUAGUAAAAUGCAUUUAGAGGUGAGUGUUUGUAGUUUAUAACAAGUCAGAACCACAAAUAAUGUUGAUGUCUGUGAUCACAUCACAGCUGAGUUCAGGAGGUGUGAUACAGAAAUAAACUAAUUAUUAAUACAGAAAAGAAAAAACUGUUGACUUGAACAUUAGGACACUGUCAGUGACAUUAUUAUCGUAUCAUCUGCCACCUGCAGCAGAUUAACUGGUUUCCACUGACUCUUCAGUGCUUUGAGCCUUGGUGCAUCUAAGUUAUGUUUAAUGUCAUUUUGUCAUUUUAUACAGAUUCAUAAAGAGAAGUUGUCAAGAACCACAAGACGACAAUGUUCUGUUAACAAGAUGCUGAGACUGUUUAUAGCAUUUAUAAAGUAUAUAUAAAGUAUAAUGCGAUGUGACACAUGUAGAAGAUACAGUAGUAGCUGAAAGUCUUCAAAAGAAACCAGCUGCACUAAAAACAGCCAAAGCUUCAGACCUCAGAUUUAGCUUCAUCUGUGGCUGCAACAACAAAUCCAUGUCAUCAUCAACAAUAAUGGGUGACAGAAAUAAUGGAUAACGGAUGCAGCAGCGGUAACAAACACUGUGCAUCCAUCCCGUGAAGACGCUUCAUUAAUUCUGCUGUGUAAAAACUUACUUUCUUACUUCAUUUGUUCCGCAGCGACUUGCGAGCGUCAGACGGCUCCGCAAUCGCUACAGUACUUAGUCAUUAACGGCGUCACCAUAGAACAAGUCAACAACCGUGCAGACAAUACAUGUAAAAGCAGCAAAUAACAGCAGCUUUAACACAUGAGGACGUGUUUUUAGUGGUUGUGGCCCCAGAGCCAGAAGGAGCCGGGGGCCUCUGCUGUUUCCAUGGUAUCAAAAAAAUGGCUGGCUGCAGCCCCAGCUUUGUCAUUUCAUGUGUCAUAAUAUAAUGUAUGUUUGCUGUUAAUAUUGUUGAAGUGUGAUUCGUUAUGUUUAUUUGAAUAUAGUCUGAAACAUUAUUAUGUUCAGCAUAUUGAUGUUAAAGUUUAUCACCUGGUGGAUGGAAGUUACUUUAGGUGCUUUUAGUUUUUUUCUGUUAUUUUUAGCUUUGGACUAUUGACAAAUAUAUUUAGAUUUACUAUUUUGAGCUGAGCAUGUUUGAAGCAGUACAUCAUCAGCCUGUUCUGUCUAAGAAAUAAUGUAACAAUAAAUGAAAGUGCUGCACGUUUUAUGGAA